AUGGCAUCUAAAGAUUUACCUUCGCGAGUCUCCUACAGCCACAGAAGACCUGCUCAGACUAUGCCAUCCUACAUGAGCACGGCUUUCGCAGUUUGAAAGGAUCCACGCAGAACUAUGGGCGCAAAUAUUGGAGUGCUAAAGACGUUGAUACGGCACACCAGAUCAUUGAUAAAAUACGAGAAAACAAUAUUGAAGCAUCUAAAAAAGACGGCUCCGUUGGUGAUGGAGAGAUCUCGGAUUAUGCCAUGAUGCACGAACAAGGCUUCGAUGGGAUGAAGGACUUCAUGAAGUCUUAUGGUCUUAGGCUUUGGAAUGAUGAUGUACAGACAGCACACGAAGUUAUGGAGAAGAUGAGAGAGUUUGACGAGAAGUAUGACCACUUUUCAACACUCGCUGAAGAAUCUGACAGCGAGGUUACUCGUUGAGAAACCAUCGAAGAUGAGGUGGGCAACGAAACUUGGGUAGAAAACAUGUACGCAGGGUCAGCCUACGAGGGUGAAAGAAGCUUACUGGAAACUACAAGUUUUAAUGGUCCGCAAGAAAAGGAAUCCAUCGAUGGCAUAGAUUAUAUACUAGAAGAAUUGGAGAGUGGCGGAGUUGGCGGUAGUGAUGAGUGCUUUGAAGGUGUCGAGGAAGGUUCCAUUACCGUUGAUUUUGGAGGUGAAGGUGGCUACAUUAAUAAUGACCUCGAUGAGGGAGGAUACACAAGACAUGAUCAUGAUAUUGGUGAUAAUGGAUGUGGUGAUAAUCGAUAUGGCGGUAAUGGAUAUGGUUAUAAUGGAUAUGAUUAUGGUGGUGAUUACGACUGA